AUGUCUGAUAAUACUUCUCUUCCGUCAGCCGAAGAAGUUAAUGAAUGGAGCCCAGAUAAAGUUAUUACUUUUCUGAAGUCUUAUAAUGAAGAAAAAAAGUUAUUUCUCAGAGAUGAAGACAUUAAAAAAAUCAAAGACAACUGGCGCAAGAAAAUUCUAUGGGAUGAAACUGAAAAAGACCUAGGAAAGUUUUGGAGUUCUUUGGAGAAUGCGAAAAUUGAUAAUAAUUUCCUUCAGUUACCUGAAGGUGCCUAUUUCUUGGGUGACGAAGAUCAAGUUACCAUUUUAUACAUCCGUAAAUGUUACAUCCACUUAGCUGAUAUUGUUUUUAAUGAGGAAAUACGUCGUUGUCGUAUUACCGGUAAUCCCGGAAUUGGCAAAACCUUUUUCGGUUUUUACCUACUCUAUUUAUUUUCAAGACAAAAUAAAAUCAUUGUGUAUCACAAAGCUAGUCAAUUUCCAAUUCUCUUCAACAAGCAACAUACCUUCUGUAGUAAUGAUAUCUUUGACUUUAAAGAAUACUUGGAUAAUGCAAAUGUCUGGUAUAUUGUAGAUGGCCAAUCACCAUUCGAAGUUCGUGCUAAGACGAUCCUUUUCUGUUCUCCUCAAAAACGACAUUACAAAUAUUUUGAUAAAAUGGUUGGAACAACAAUACGCUUUAUGCCAGUAUGGUCAUGGAAUGAGAUCAACGAAUGUAGGAUCGAAAAAGCUCUAGAUUCUUCUCAUCAAAAUCAUCUCGAAGAUGCAAUUAGCAAGAGUAAUACUAGAUUAUUAGAAUUUGUUGGGGAAAUUGACCACGCCGAUGACAUCAGUCACAGAAUUAUUCAUAUUCACACGAAUCUACCCGGUGAAGAGGAAGAGGACAGAGAGACACACUACAUUAAAAAAUUUAUACUAUUUGCGUCUGAGUGGGUGGCUGAAAAAGUGAUGGACAAACUCAAAAGGAAUUACAAUCAACAGUUAAGGAAUUUUGUGACAGCAAGCUUGUCAGAAAAUGAAUACAGUACACUUCAGGGCGUCAUUUUCGAACAAAUCGCACAUCGAAUUUUACAAAAGGGGGGAUCAUUUAAUACUCAUCGAGGAGGCAAGUACUGUCAACCGAUUCAGAAAAAUUUUUCAUCCGUUGAUGCAGUUGUUGCGCCCCAUACACUUUUUCAGAUGACCGUGAGCAGGAAUCAUCCUAUUAAUGUGAAUGGCAUGAAUAAGCUUGUUGAAAAGUUGGGUGGAAAGACCGGAGCAAAUCAUAUAUAUUUUUAUUUUGUCUUACCGAAAGAUUUAUAUGAUAAUUACCAAGCACAGCCCUUUUAUACUAACGGCCAAACUGUUGCUAAGAGGAUUCCAUGUUGGAUUACUAAUCGUGUUAAGCAAUACGCAUUGAAGAUUGACUUGAGUUCCUGGUGA